CCAUGCUGCCCUGCACAAAGUCACGUCUUGUCAAUUUACUGCCCCACUACUGUAUGCCUUGUGCACCCGGCUUGGCAGAGCGAAGGAAAGAUUGCUGAACAGACGCUGACUGGGACAAAACAAAUUUUUUCAGUGAUUGGGAAUGUCGCACGUCAAGAGGCUCGUGCUUUCCAUAGUCCAGUUUCUUCGUCAGCAACUCCAGACUGCUGACUUGAGUGCAGACGCUAAGGAGAGCGUUGAAGUUGCUGUACAGUGUCUGGAGACUGCCUAUGGAGUCAGCCCUGAAGACCUUUCAAAUGAGAGCCUGGUAGUGUCGAGGUCGCUACUAGACAUCUUUCGUGACGUGCUUCCUCGAGAACAUGUACAGACUAGCAGUGAAAAUGUACCUGAGCCAACCGAAGCACAGAAAGUUGAAGCUGAGAAGUACAAGCAGGAAGGUAACAACAUGAUGAAGAUUGAGAUGUACACAGCUGCUCUGGAGUGCUAUACAAAGGCCAUUAGUUUGGAUGGACGCAAUGCUGUCUACUACUGCAACAGAGCUGCAGCCCACAGCAAGCUCAAUAACCACCUGGACGCCAUUGAGGACUGCCAGAGAGCAUUGGAGAUUGACCCCAAGUAUGGCAAAGCAUACGGCCGAAUAGGGUUAGCAUAUGCAAGUCUAAACCAACACCAGAAGGCUAAGGAGUGCUACCAGAAGGCAGUAGAACUUGACCCCGAAAACCAAAGCUACGUCAACAACCUCCGGGUUGCCGAGGAAAAACUUCGUGAGAUGUCGAGCCCCGGCAAUGGCGAUACACACAGGCCCGCAGGCGGUGGUGGUGGUGGCGGCCUAGACUUUGGAACCUUACUGAAUAACCCCACGCUCAUGAACAUGGCUGCCACACUAAUGCAAGACCCCAACAUGCAAAACAUCAUGAGUGGGCUUAUGUCUGGAGGUCUGAGCCAAAACACAGGUGGUGGGCUGGACGCACUUCUUCAAGCAGGCCAGCAGCUAGCAUCCCAGAUGCAGGCAGCGAAUCCUGAGCUGGUGGAGCAGUUGCGGCGCCAGAUGAACAACCCCAGCAACCGCAACCCCUCCGACCAAGAAGGAGGUCCAGACAGGAACAACUGAGAACCUGGUGCCUUUGAACUUACGCUUCAAGGGAUCACUCAAAAUCUUCUCACGUUCCUUGUCUCGUAGCGAAACUUACUAAGGUGGAUUUAAGAAGAAAAAAAAAGCACGUCAAUGAGCAUGCAUAGCUAUGGUGUGGUGGAGCGGUGCAGAUGGCUGGCGAGUGGCAAGAAAUAAAAGCUCAUCCAGUGUGCAACCUCAGGGCGGUUGCCGUGCCACUCUGGAGAUGGAUUUUCUAA